AUGGACAUCCUGCUCUAUAUAUUCGCUCUUCUUCCACUGGUCCAAUCGUGGACAUUUCAAUACACCAACUCAGCCAACGAGACGACCACCAUCCACGGGACCAAGAAUUUGGACUGUACCGAUAUCGAUCUUCCCAAUGGAAAUGCGGCCUCGUACGAUCCUGAAGGAUCUUUGCCUUGUCUUUUGAUAUAUCAACGUGCAAAAUGCCCGGACAGCGAGCAAAGCGACGUCAACGCCACCUCCUGCGAAUCCUGGAAGUGGGAGAGCCCCGCUAAUGGACGCUUUCGCGGUAUCAAAGUACUCGUCUCGGGAGCACCAACCGCCACGGCCUCUAUCUCUACUGCAACCCAAGCUACAGCGACUAUAGCAACUUCAACAAGUCUAUCUACGUCCUCCUCUACGCCCCCCUCUACAUCCUCCGAUGCAUCCUCUGGGUUGACCUUGUCCGGCGGUGCGAUAGCCGGGAUCGUUGUUGGUCUCGUUUGUGCCUUGCUCAUCGUGGCUGUGAUAUUCUUCUUCCUUGGCCACCAAAAACGAAAAGCCAUGCUCGCAAAUCAGCAGAAUGCACCCCAGGGUCCGUAUGAACCAAGCGCGACCGGGUACGCAGAGGCAGAUGUGCUCAUUUCCACGAAGGGUAUGUUGAAGAAACCUGCCGACUCGUACCUCGCUGGCGUCGGACAGGCUCCUGGCUCUCAGCUUGCCGAAUUGGCUGCAUCUGGGCAAAAUCGGCCCGCGGAGCUUGCGACCAAUCCAGUUCAUGAAUUAUACACUCACAACUAG